AUGCGGCCAACAUGCGGUGGAAAAAUGUGGAUCUGCUGGAAUGCGAUGAAGGACGUAGUGAAGAGAACCGUGUGUGCAACACGAAGUGCAAGUAGCGCGGACGCAAGUGCAAAAGAAAUGCUCAAACCGACGCAAUCUUCACUGCUUCACGCUGGGGAUAAACCGCGAACUGCAGGAAGGAACGGAUGCGGUAAGCGGAUCGGUCGCGUUUCAGGAACAAGGUAUCUGGUUCACACAAAACUGUAAUAUGCACAAUUAUUGUAACUAAAGACGAUGUUCUAUUCCACCAUUUUAGAUGUUAAAUCGUGUUGUUUAUCAAAACGAAGUUUCAUUCAGUGUCGCAGCGAGAUAUCGAAUAACAUUUUUGCCACGACGUGCCUUCAUAUCCAAUGCAAAUGUGUCUAGGUCUGGAAGGUUGCAACUUGUCAUGCAGAUUUUGCAUGGCCUUGGCCCGCGACGUAUGUGAUGUAUUUUCUAGCGUCACAGAUUUGCUGAGUGUUUCUUGAUGCGUAUUCCGCAUGACGAAUGCCCUUCCUGCGUAGCAAAAACUGGAGCCCUCUUGCUUGUCAAGCAAUACAGAUUUUUUUAGAGUCUAAAGUUAGCAUCACAAGUUUGCAUUCUUCCCGACCCAGACAUAUUUGCAUUUAAUAUCUACAACGGCAUCAAGAACGAGGCGCACGACGGCGAGGUGUAGGUCGACGAAAGGGGUAUGAGCAAAGGACGAGCGCGAGUUCUUGCCGGCAGAAGGUAGAGCACAACAGCACGUGCUACGAACGUGAUCUGACGCAAGCCGUGCGCCGCAGAAAAUGUACCUCCCGCGACGGCGAUCUCGCAGGGUGGAGGAUUGCGUCGACGGCAUGGAAGCGCCGUCGUGGCGGGUCGCGUCAGGAAGCUCGGAGCGCUGAAUAG